UGUGUUGCAUGCCGUCAGAAACCCAAACAACCCUUGUGGACAGUGUCUAUUUCAUCUCCCCACAUAUCUCUUUCCCUCUUCCUGCACAGACAAUCUCAUUCAUUAGGAACACGCAACAGUCAGUCAACAAAGGGAGAUUCUGUUACAUUGGGAAACAAGGAAAAACAAGGCAAAUCAAACCAGCAGCUCUAACUUGAUAUAAGAUUAUCAUGCAUUCUUGUUGUGUCUGACCUACCUCAGAAAGGUACUCACCUGAGAUAAGAAUGUCUGGGAUAUGACAUGUUUCAGGUCGACAUGGCAUCCUGAGCAUGGCAGAUCAGAACUGCUGAGGUUUCUGGGUGGGUUUGUACGUACAACUUGUUGUGAGAAUAUUAUUGACUCAAUGUGAGUGUUCAAGAUGUCGAAUAUAGGAUUAUUUCACAAUAUAGGAUCAUUAUUGCAAAGUUAUUGGUUAAAUGCCUCUCCAGGCAUAAUGAAGAUUGGCUGUUCUUUACAGAGCUGUGUAUAGUCAGCUCAAACACACACACAAUGACUUGCAGGCCAAGUAGUGGAAGACAAUUGACAGAAUAUUAUACAGUAUGCAAAGCUGUGGGGACUUGGGGUGUGAGCUGUGGGGACUCGGGAUACCAUAGAAUGACGUGUUUGGCGAGGAAUGCUUUGCAUUUCUGUCUGCUCAAUAGGUCUGUUGUAGAUACUUGUUAAAGGAUGUGUGAGAGGAUUUUCUAAAAUACAGAGUAAACAGACUAGCCAUCAGUGUAACCAGCACACUUCCAAACACGUUAAAGGCUUUAGCACUUCCAGUGAUAUUUAAAAGUCUUCUCCACUGGGAAAAAUACAUUUAACUAAGUCAACGUCAUCUGUAUGUUACAUUAGUGUUUUACCCAGAGGGCUGCCAUUCCAUGUUAAAUUCAGGACAACUUAGUGAGUUGGGUGUGUGAAACUGACUGUUCUGCUUGUCCCCAGGCAUGUAGCUGUCACUGUAACUGUGAUGGAGUUAAAGGCAGUAAGGUAUCCAAGGUGAGCAGGGGACUCCCGGAUCCAAAGGCUCCCAAGGCCCUCCAGGUCCCUAAUUUGCCGGGCCAGUACAGGACGGCUUCCGAUUCACCCGUCACAGCCAGAAGCAGAACGUGCCACAGUGCCCAGGGGGCAGCAACCUCAUCUACUCUGGAUACUCCCUCCUGUUCAUCAAUGGCAACAACAGAGGCCAUGGCCAGAAUCUGGCAAACAGGGGCUGGAGCGGAGGGCUCUGGUCAGCUGCUGGCCUCUUCGUAGUCCUGCCUAGAAGAGUUCCGGAAGAUUCCCUUCAUUGAGUGCCAUAGGCGAGGGACUUGCAACUACUACACUGACUCCUACAGCUACUGGCUGGCCUUGUUGGACCCUGAAAACAUGUUCAGGCAGCCGGUGGGGAAAGAGGUUGGUGGUCCACACCCCCCACAUCCCUGACAGGCCACCUGUCACUCAACCCAGGAAGCAGAGUGACGAGCUGAGAGGGCGAGCUCUUUAUAAGAGCCCCACAGAACCCUCAUCAACAGAACCAGGCCUGCUCCAUAUCAACUGAUCUAGAUCCAGCACACCCCGGUCCAGCUUAGUUCAGCUAGUUUCACCGUGUCUCGUCCCUGCAAACCCAACCCAGCUCUGUUGGACAUGAAGUUCUCCCAAAUCCACUGUGCACUGGCCCUGCUGGGUCUGGCCCUGGCCAUUUGCAGCCAAGGAGCUGCCUCGCAGCCAGACCUGGACCUCCGCAGCCGCCGACUCCUUCAGAGGGCCCGUGCCGCUAGCAUUGCCACACAGGAGUGGAGUAAGCGAGUGAUGGAGGACAUUCUAUCCGAACUGUCCUUGCCUGAGGUGGAGGCCCAGAAAAGUGAGGGGUCCACGGCUGAGGCCAAAGAGCUCCUGGAGCGCUCAGUGGACAACCUUCCCCCCCGCGAGCGCAAAGCUGGCUGCAAGAACUUCUACUGGAAGGGCUUCACUUCUUGCUAAGGGAAGAAAAGCCUGACCACCUUAUGACACGAUGCUGCCAAUCACAUCCCACCGCCAACCUUCAUCUGACUAAUGUAGCCAAUCAGCAGUUAGCUGUGCCUGCUGACGAUUAUGAUUAUGAUGUACCUGUCUAAUUUAUGAAAUAAAGAGAAAUAAAGAGAAAAUAAUUUUA